AAAAGAUUCGUAAAUGUGAAGCCUCAUAUACGUGCUUCGAAAUCUCCUAUCACUAACCCACCAAUAAACCAAAAGAAGAAGAAAAAUAACAGUACUAGGUGGGAACAUAACUUUCAGAACGUUUUAUCGCGAGGGGUUAAGUACAUGUUUUAUUUGCAUAACAUCGGCAUUUCGCAAUAGGUUUUAAUCGACAUUUUGAACAAUAUCGCAUUUUGCCCAAAUGUGUGACUGGAAUGGAAACCAUCAUCACACGCAGAAGUUAGACUCUUAAUUGUUUUAGAAACUUUCUUGUUUUGAACAAACACAUAGAGAAACAUGAAGACGAUCACUUUACUCUUCCUCAUCUCUUUAUUCAUCAACGGUGUUGUGACAGAUGAGUCAGUGUCAGUGUAUGAGGGAGAUUCUGUUACUCUGUACACUGAUAUUACUGAAAUACAGAGAGAUGAUCUGAUAGACUGGAGGUUUGGUGAUCAACAGGAUCUUAUAGCUAAAAUCAACAGAGCAGACAAUAAUUUACUCAGAAUAAAUGAUGAUGUUCUUGAUGGGAGAUUCAGAGACAGACUGCAGGUGAAUAAUCAGACUGGAGAUCUUACCAUCACAAACAUCACAACUCAACAUAAUGGACUUUAUCAACUAGAGAUCAGCAGAGGGAAGAUCACAAAAAAGAAAUUCAACAUUAGUGUGUUUGCUGAUAAAGUGAAGGCUGUAGCAGUGGGAGAUUCUGUCAUUUUGGUCAAAAAUGUUAUCAAGAAACCAGGGGAUGAGAAGAUGGUGUUGAGGAUUCGACACAACAACUCUCCUGUUGCUAAAAUGACUGGAACGGUCUUAACUUAUAAUGUUAAUGGUGAGAGAUUCAGAGACAGACUGAAGGUGGAUGAUCAGACUGGAGAUCUCACCAUCACAAACAUCACAACCGAUGACACUGGAUCUUAUGAAGUAGAUAUCACUGUCGGCAGUCACACAUAUACUAUACACAGAUCAUUUAGUGUCCCUGUCAAAGAUGCAGAGAUUACAGUGGAGAUGGGACACCAUGCUUUUAUACAGGCUGAUCUAAAAGAACUAAAGGAAGGUGAAAAGAUUGAAUGGAGAUUUGGGCAAAAUACAGAGAUGAAAGUUCCUGUGAUACAGUGGCCAUGGAGAUCUCCAGUUUUAGAGAGGAUUGAAGUGAAUGAGGAAGAAUCGGCUGAUCUGAAGACUUAUCUUACUGACAUACAGAGAGAUGAUCUGAUAGAGUGGAGAUUUAAAGAAAAUCUUAUAGCUAAAAUCAAUCCUGCCAACAAUAUCUUCAGUACAUAUGAUGGUAAUAAUAAUAAAUUCAGAGAUAAACUGAAGCUGAAUCAUCAGACUGGAGAUCUCACCAUCAAUGACAUCAGAUUGCUACUAACUGGAGAUUAUAAACUGAAAAUCAUCAGAGGAGGAGAAACCUCACACAAGAGAUUCAUUGUUGUUGUCAAAUGUGAAACAGAAGAAGUGACGGUGUAUGAGGGAGAAUCUGUCCAUCUGAAGACUAAAGUUACUGACAUACAGAGAGAUGAUCUGAUAGAGUGGGCAUUACGAUCUGAAGACUGUGUCAUAGCUAAAAUCAAUCCUGCCAACAAUAUCUUCAGUACAUAUGAUUGUUAUGAUAGUGAAUUCAGAGACAGACUGCACCUGGAUCCACGAACUGGAGAUCUCAUCAUCGAUGACAUCACAUGGGGAGACCGUGGAUAUUAUAUACUGAAGAUCAUCACAGAUGGAGAAACCUACUACAGAAAAUUCCUUUUGGCUGUCAAAUGGAAUACAGUAUUUGUGGAUAAUGGAUACUCUGUUGAUCUAAAGACUGAUCUUACUGACAUAAAGAGAGAUGAUGUGAUAGAGUGGAGAUUUGGAGAAACUCUCAUAGCUAAAAUCAAUCCUGUCAACAAUAUCUCCAGUACAUAUAAUGAUAAUCUAUUCAGAGAUAAACUGAAGCUGAAUCCUCAGACUGGAGAUCUCACCAUCAAAGACUUCAGAGAGGAACAUAAAGGAGGUUAUAAACUAAAGAUUAUCAGAGGUGGAAAAACAUCAUACAAGAGAUUCACAGUGUCUUUCGGAGUGACAAUGCUGGAAGUGGAUGAGGGGAAAUCUAUUAAUCUGAAGACUAAUACUGACAUACAGAGAGAUGAUGUGAUAGAGUGGAGAUUUAGAGAAACUCUCAUAGCUCAAAUCAAUCCUGCAAACAAUAUCUCCAGUACAUCUAAUGAUGAUAAACUGAAGCUUAAUCCUCAGACUGGAGAUCUCACCAUCAAUGACUUCAGAGAGAAUCAUAAUGGAUUUUAUACACUGAAGAUCAUCAGAGAUGGAAAAACCCUAGAAAGGAUUUUAAUUGUGUCUAUCAGACGUGAAGUAGAAAACAAACUGUACACGACAGAGGGAGUAUCUGUCGAUCUGAACACUUUUCUUAAUGACAUAAAGAGAGAUGAUGUGAUCGAGUGGAGAUUUGGAGAAACUCUCAUAGCUAAAAUAAAUCAUGCCAACAAUAUCUCCAGUACAUAUAAUGGUGAUGAUGAUCUAUUCAGAGGUAAACUGAAGCUGAAUCUUCGGACUGGAGAUCUUAAGAUCAAAGACAUCAGACAGAAACAUGAAGGAGUUUACAAAUGGAAGAUCACCAGAGAUGGAGAAACCUCAUCCAGGAGAUACAUUGUGUCUAUUUCAGGUUCCACAGAGUUUCAGUGGAGACAGAGAUGCUGCUGUUGAGUAAACGCAAAUAGUAGCAGUGAUUUUCCUCCAGUAUAACAUCAUCAACAUUACAAACUAGUAGUUGUGUUGUGUUCGUGUAGUUUAAGUGAAAAUACUCUGUAAAGUUCACAGAUUCAGCUCAUGUAGCUCAUGUGUCUCAGUCUAAAGAGAAAAAGUGUUUGUGUUGAAGAAUCUUGAAAUCAGACUUUGAAGAUUCAGUUUUACAUCGACUGAUAAACUGUGUGUUAGACUGAUUUGAUUUUUAUAUGACAGUCAGCCAGUUUAUAUUAUUUUAGCCUUUUAUUAAGCUUUGCCAAACGUUUAUAUUCUAAACUAUGUGCCUUUUUAUUAUAGCCACAAUUGCUAAGUAAUUACUUACUUAUAUACUUAUAUAGAUUUUGUUAAUAUCAGUAUUAUGUGUGUCAUAGAAAGACUUUGCCUUAAACAGUGUUAAUCUAAGAUCUUUAAUUUGAUUUUAAUGCAGAUUGAGUUUGUUUUCAUGUUGACUCAGUUCACAUGAUCAUCUGUACGGGACAUUAUACAAUCUGUUGUGUUUUUGCUCUGUUUAUUAGUAUGAGAAUUAGAUGAUUUGAGAUUGCAUUAGAGAUGCAUUGAUUUAUAGCACUUAAAGGUGCAGUGUGUAAAUUUCAGCGACAUCUAGUGGUGAGGUUGCAAAUUGCAACCAACGGCUUAGUCCACUGCUCACCCCUCA